AUGGACCCAUCAGGGGAUACCUCCUUCAUGCUUGCUGCUCCCUUCCCCGAGUACCAACUGCAAACCGCCUCAGGGCGCCGGUCCCGCCAGAGCCCGGAGCAGGACGCAGGCGGCUUCCACCCCGCCUCAGCCGAGAAACGCUCCCCGCAGCCCGGCCCGGGCAGCGCCCAGCUCCCCCCCCCACCACCACCCCCGGCUUUCGGCAGCAGAGACCCCUGUGCAGGGCCGGGGCCGCCCCGAGCGCUGCCGGCGCCCGGCCAGCGCCCCGAACCACGCAGGAUUUCGGCGGCGGAGCGCAGCCCCACCGGCGCCUUCUGCCCGCGGCUGCGGGGAAAUGCGAGCAGCCAAGUCGGGCUGAGACCUGGCCCGGCCGCCGCCAGAGCACCCUCUCCCCAGCACCCCACCGCCGGCCGGUCGGGCCCCGGCAACCCACCUCCGGCCGGGCGGCCGGGCCCCGGCACCCCACCUCCGGGCGGCCGGCCGGCCGGGCCCCGGCACCCCACCUCCCGCCGGCCGGCCGGCCGGCUACUCCCCCUCAACGUGUCGGUGCUCACAAGCUUAACUCCUUGGGAGCCGCCGCUCCGGCCCCCGCUGCGGGGGUGGGAGGGAGCUGGGGCCCGGGACGGACCCUUGCCAGGAGGGGAUCGGAGCCCCCCCGAGGACACGCCGGGAGGGGAGCGGGAAUUAGUGAGCUGUAGCUCCAGAAGAGCAGUCAGCGGCGAGGCCAGCAGCGGCAACGGUAAGUGGGCGUCUAAACGGCAGAUUGAAGCGGACCGGGAGGUUCCCGAGGUCCAGGAGCGCCGGGGAAGAGCGGGGGGACCCGUCCACAGCCGGCGGCUCUCGCGAGAGAGGCGGACGCGGCGUGGGCGUUGCCGGGGGCAACCGCGGGAGAUUUGA